AUGCCUCACAUCAUCACGCUCAAAGAGAGAAGAGGCAAACCCGGCUAUGUCUACUAUCCUCUUCAACUUUCGUUGGUGCCGAAGCCGUCACCAACUCACAAGCAACUCCUGAUCAGGAUACAAGCUGCGGCUCUCAACCAUCGCGACCUGUUCAUUCGUCAACAUCUGUACCCAGAUAUCUCAUUCAAGGCGCCCCUACUUUGCGACGGCGCAGGCAUUGUUGAAGAGAUGGGGCCGGACUGCACGUCAGACGUCCUUGGUCAAAAUGUAAUCUUGACUCCUUGUCGAGGCUGGAAGACCAAUCCACAUGGUCCCGAAGACUGGUCGAACUUCAGUACUAUUGGUGGUGUUGGACCAGAUCAUACUCUUGGCACUGCUCAGACAUAUGUCCUUGUCAACGAAGAUGAAGUCGAAGUUUCUCCUCCCCAUCUUAGCGCAGCUGAAAGCGCUUGUCUACCCGCAGCAGGUCUAACUGCAUGGCGUGCCUUGGUUGUGAAGUCUGGAAACGCCGAGCCGGGCCGCAACCUCUUGAUCACAGGCAUCGGCGGCGGAGUCGCGUUGCAAAUUCUGCAAUUUGCAGUCGCCAUGGGUAGUAAUGUUUAUGUAACCUCCAGCUCUCAAGACAAGAUCGACAAAGCUAAACAGUUGGGCGCUCUAGGAGGGGUCAUAUACAAGGACGAAGACUGGAACAAGCAACUAGAAAUGAUGCUACCCUCGAGUCGACCUUACAUUGACGCUGUCAUUGACGGAGCUGGUGGUGAUAUUGUGGUCAGGUCAGUCCCAAUACUCAAGCCCGGUGGCGUCAUCUCCUCUUAUGGUAUGACCAUUGCACCAGUGAUGGAUUGGCCAAUGCAAGCUGUUCUCAAGAAUAUCGAGCUCAAAGGCAGUACACUUGGUUCACGAGCGGAAUUCACGAACAUGGUCAACUUUGUCAAGGAGAAGCAGAUUAAACCAGUUAUCAGCAAGAUUGUCAAGGGCCUAGAGAAUUUGGAAGCUAUCGAAGGGCUGUUCCAGGAGCUUAAGACCAGUAAGCAGUUCGGGAAGCUAGUCGUUGAGGUUUGA